UACUGGUUAGACUAACCAUUUUGAUAGGUAAACAGAGCAUCUCUAUUACUGUUUCGCUCAAUUAAAUUAUUUUUAAACUUGAUUUGAUCUCUGUGAUUUUUAUCCUCGUCACAAUGUUGACAUUAGAAGCAGAUGACUCUUCCCCUGACAUGUCAGCGCUCCAGCAGACCGGUACUCUUAUCUGUGGUCCUGGAGCUUUGCGUGCGUCCGCGAUUCAGGCUGGACUGGUUAAGUUAACGCUGGAACAAUACGAAUCUAUCACAAAGGCCAAAAAAUAUGCCAUGGAACAAAGUAUUAAAAGUGUUCUUGUUAAGCAAACCAUAGCCCACCAACAGCAACAGCAAAAAUCACUACAACGACACCAAGCUCUUGUACUUAUGUGUCGUGUUUAUGUUGGAAGCAUUAGCUUCGAGUUAAAAGAAGAUACAGUUCGACAAGCUUUUCUACCUUUUGGUCCUAUCAAGUCUAUUAACAUGUCGUGGGAUCCAUUAACUCAAAAACAUAAAGGAUUCGCCUUUGUUGAAUAUGAGUUGCCAGAAGCAGCCCAGUUAGCUCUAGACCAAAUGAACGGAGUAAUGAUUGGAGGUCGUAACAUCAAAGUUGGUAGACCGAGUAAUAUGCCUCAAGCAGCGCCAAUUAUUGAGCAAAUUACGACUGAAGCUAAAAAGUUUAAUCGCGUAUAUGUUGCAUCUAUUCAUGCAGAUUUAACUGAACAAGAUAUUCAAUCAGUUUUUGAAGCAUUUGGUAAAAUUAAAUCAUGUAAAUUAGCUACAUCACAAUAUCCGGGAAAACACAAAGGCUAUGGUUUUAUUGAAUAUGAGACAGAUCAAGCUGCCACCGAUGCGAUAACUUCAAUGAAUCUUUUUGACUUAGGAGGACAGUACUUGAGAGUUGGUAGAGCAAUCACCCCACCGAAUUGUUUAGAUGGACCAACAGCUCCUAGCACGAUGCCAACAGCGGCAGCAGUGGCUGCAGCCGCAGCAACAGCUAAAAUACAAGCUAUGGAAGCCACUGGCAUUACCGCAUCAAAUAACUCAUCGUCCGGAAAUGCUUCUCUUGUGGAAGGUGUAACAACUAUCUCUCCAUCCAGUCUAACAAUUCCAACGCCACUUACUAUUGGGGGAUCUGCAAGUCUGAUGACUAUCUCUGCAACACAAGUUCAGCCGGUGCUUGCAGCAAAUGCACCGGGUAUAAUCACUGGCGUAACUGUAAACCCUUCUCCGAGUCUAAUAACAACUCUUCCCAUUCCUGUGGUUACUCAAGUAACGACCGUAGCAGCUCAACCUAUUACCACAGCAGUUUCAACGCUUUCAAGUUCUAGCUUAAAACCUGUAGCCAACGAAGUAACAGCAAAGAGCAUUGCCAUCAGUCUUGCUGCUGCCCAAGAAAAAGCAUCGGCCAUAGCUGCUUCGAAAGAAAUUGAAGCAAAAGAUCAAGUCGCUGGUGAAGAGCCACAAACCUUACAACAGCAAGAAAAUAUAGUAAUUAAGGGAUCUAACGCAAGGCAGAUGCUGAUGCAAAAAUUAAUGCGUAAAACCGAGUCAAGAGUGGUGGUCUUACGUAACAUGGUUGGUGUCGAAGAUAUUGAUGAUGCUCUUGAAUCUGAAGUAACUGACGAAUGUGGUAAAUUUGGAAUUGUUAACCGUGUCAUUAUUUAUGAAGAAAAACAAUCGGAAGAUGAUGACGCUGAAGUUAUAGUCAAAAUAUUUGUAGAGUUCAGUAAUAGUCAAGAGGCUAUCGUAGCAAGAGACUCAUUAAAUGGUAGAUUCUUUGGCGGACGAAUUGUAAAAGCUGAAAUCUAUGAUCAAACAUUGUAUGAUGAAAAAGAUCUCUCUGGUUAACAUUUAAUUUUAAUUUAUUGAGCUUAAUUCAUCAACCAGAACUUUUUUGUCACUCUCUAUCUUCUAUUUCUUCCUCUCUUCCUAUUCUUCUUCUUUCUCUCUUUCUUAACAUACACUCGCACACUUAUACAAACACUUUAAUUGACAAAUUAAACGAUAUUUCAUCAACCUUACAAAAAA